CCUCCCAUUCCAAAGCAUCCUCACUCAACCCCAGCCAUCGACUCGCAACGAAAGGGUCCCUACUGCUCCGCGCCCCAUGAGGACUUGAAACUUGAGCCGGCGAUCUCGCGCUAAAACGGCCGUCCUCCGGCACUGGAUCACAACCAACCAACCAACCAGCCAGCCAGCCAGCCCGGCCAAGGACGCGAGCGGCCGAAAACGGUGCGGAGGCUGAGGCGGAAGGCCGGGCGGGAGAGAAACCCCCGCGGGAGGAGCUCCCCCCCCCCUCCGCCUUUCCUCGGGCUCGCUCCGGGCUGCAGCGGAGCGAACCGCAAGGCGCGGCUCGGGGAGCGGAGCGCUGAGCUUUGGCGAGCAUCAUCAACAUCACCGGCGCCCAUCAGCCGUGAACGGAACGGGGGGAAAGAGAGAGAGAGAGAGAGAAAGCCGGCUGCCGGUCCGCGGCCCCCUGGCGGAUCGGCUCCGCAUGGCCCGAGCUCCGGACGCCGCCGUUGCCACCGCCCCUGCCCGCCUCGCCCCCGGCUGGCUCCCGAGGUAGGAGGCGGCAGCGGCGGCCGGUUGGUUGGUUGGGUUCCCCCAUCCACCCACCCUUCUUCCCUCCGGAUCGCCAGCAUGAGCGUGGCUCUCCAGGAGCUCGGCAACAACAUGACGGAGUAUAAGAGAGCCAUGUUUCAAGAAGACGAAGUGCUGGAUGCCGCAGGGGACGGGAGCAACACAUCUCCGGACAGCGUCGAGGUGGGCUUCCGAAAAGGGGAUGGCCUCCUGCUGAGUCGCCUUGGCUCCCAAAUUCAUCUGAAGUUGGUCUUCUGGGUGAUUUCCCUCUUCGUGGCAGUUCUGCUCCUGAGUACAAUCGUAGCCAUGGCCAUCCAGUACAGCAAAGAUCCUUCGCAUACAACUUGCCUUACUGAAGCCUGCGUCAUUGUAGCUGGUAAGAUCUUGGAAGCUCUGGAUCCAGACGUCAAGCCCUGUGAUGAUUUUUACCAGUACGCCUGCGGGGGAUGGAUCAAGCGGAACCCACUGCCGGAUGGACGCUCCAAGUGGAGUACCUUCAACAGUAUUUGGGACCAAAAUCAGGCCAUCAUGAAACACCUGUUGGAAAAUGCCACUUUUAACUCCAGCAGUGAAGCUGAAAGGAAGACCCAACGCUAUUACUUGUCCUGCCUCAGAGAACAGAAGAUUGAGGAACUGGGGUCUCAGCCACUGAUAGAUCUGAUCGAGAAGAUUGGUGGUUGGAACGUCACUGGCUCCUGGAACCAGACCAACUUCAUGGACGUGCUGAAACUGGUCUCUGCAACUUAUCGCGCUUCUCCGUUCUUCACUGUUUUCGUGGGACCUGAUUCUAAAAGCUCCAAUAGCAACAUCAUCCAGGUGGAUCAGUCCGGCCUAUUUUUACCAUCACGAGAUUAUUACUUGAACAAGACAGCCAACAAGAAGGUCUUGUCUGUAUACCUGGACUACAUGGUGGAGCUGGCAAUGCUGUUGGGAGGAGCCCGAAGCUCAGUGGAAGAGCUGAUGGGGCAGGUGCUGCAACUGGAGACCGAAUUGGCCAACAUCACCGUCCCCCAAGAUGAACGGCGAGACGAUGAGAAGAUUUACCACAAGAUGACAAUUGCUGAGUUGCAGGUUCUUGCCCCUGCUGUUGAGUGGCUGGACUUCAUCUCAUACUUUCUCGCACCACUCGAACUAACAGAUGCUGAGCCCGUGGUGGUCUAUGGGAAGGAGUAUUUGGAGCAGGUGUCACAGCUCAUCAAUAACACUGACAAAAGUGUUUUGAACAAUUACAUGAUUUGGAAUCUGAUCCAGAAAACAGCUUCCAGUCUUGAUCAGCGGUUUGAAACGGCCCAGGAGAAGCUGUUGGAGACGUUGUAUGGUACCAAGAAGUCCUGCACACCUCGCUGGCAAACGUGCAUUUCUAACACGGAUGACACUUUGGGUUUUGCCCUCGGGGCCCUGUUUGUAAAAGCCACGUUCGACCGGCACAGCAAGGAGAUUGCUGAGAACAUGAUCGCCGAAAUCCGUGCAGCCUUUCAAGACUCACUAAACAACCUUGACUGGAUGGACAAGAAGACAAAGCAAGCAGCGAAGGAGAAGGCUGAUGCCAUCUAUGACAUGAUUGGCUUCCCCGAGUUCAUCCUUGACAACAAGGAGUUGGAUGAUGUCUAUGAUGGGUAUGAGGUCUCGGAAGACUCUUUCUUUCAGAACAUGUUGAAUUUCUACAACUUCUCUGCCAGGUUUAUGGCAGACCAACUGAGGAAGCCUCCAAACCGGGACCAGUGGAGCAUGACCCCCCAGACUGUCAACGCUUAUUACCUGCCUACCAAGAACGGCAUCGUCUUUCCCGCAGGCAUCCUCCAGGCUCCGUUCUACGCUCACAAUCAUCCCAAGGCCCUCAACUUCGGAGGCAUCGGCGUCGUGAUGGGGCAUGAGCUCACCCAUGCUUUUGAUGAUCAAGGACGUGAAUACGACAGAGAAGGUAACCUGCGUCCUUGGUGGCAAAACUCAUCCCUCGAGGCCUUCAAGAACCGGACGGAGUGCAUGGAGGAACAAUAUAACAAAUAUCUUGUCAACGGAGAACAUGUCAAUGGCAAACAGACUUUGGGGGAGAACAUUGCUGACAACGGGGGCCUGAAAGCCGCUUACAACGCUUACAAAGCUUGGUUGAAGAAGAACGGGGAGGAGAAACACCUCCCUUCCGUGGGUCUUACGAGUCACCAGCUCUUCUUUUUGGGAUUCGCACAGGUGUGGUGUUCUGUGAGGACCCCGGAGAGCUCCCAUGAGGGCCUGAUGACGGAUCCCCACAGCCCUGACAAGUUCCGGGUCAUCGGCACUCUCAGCAACUCCCGGGACUUUAUAGAGCACUUUGAAUGCCCGAUAGGCUCUUUCAUGAACCCUGGGAGAUAUUGUGAGGUAUGGUAGGGAAGGAAGCAAGGAAGGAAGGAAGGAAGGAAGGAAGGAAGGAAGGAAGGAAGGAAGAUAGGUGGAAGGGAGGGAGGAAGCAAGAUAGGAGGGAGGGAAGAUGGAAGGAAGGAAGGAAGGAAAAUAGGUGGAAGGAAGGAAGGAAGCAAGAUAGAGAGGGAGGGAAGAUGGAAGGAAGGGAGGGAGGGAGGAAGGAAGGAAGCAAGAUAGGAGGGAGGGAGGGAAGAUGGAAGGAAGGAAGGAAGAUAGGUAGAAGGGAGGGAGGAAGGAAGGAAGCAAGCAAGCAAGAAAGGGAGGGAGGGAAGAUGGAAGGGAGGGAGGAAGAUAGGUGAAAGGGAGGGAGGAAGGAAGCAAGAUAGGGAGGGAGGGAGGGAAGAAGGAAGGAAGGAAAGGAAGGAAGGAAGGAAGGAAGGAAGGAAAUAAGUUGCAUCUCUGGCAGUUCCUGUACAUCCAUCCAUCCAUCCAGCUGUCCACCUGCACAGUCCUGCUGACUUUGAAGCACUUGGCAACCCUGCCUGGACAUCUUCAGUUGGUACAAAUUCUUCUCUUUGAGCACCAGGACCAAGAGAAGCAGAACCUCUUGCCUUCCUUCCAAGACUACUACUUUUCUUAGGUCAGGAAGGAGCAAACGCGCCCCGUCCUUCUCUUAACCAAGCACCUUCCUCCGGAGCAUCCGCAGAGAAUCUCCAACGCAACCUCUUUGGCUUUCCUUCUCAUCUCCAGCUAACUCAGGGGGCCUGGCCAAUCCUUUGCAGUGCCCUGAUGCCAUGUUUCUUCCGCUUCUCUAGAUCAGCUUUGCAGCUUUGCUGUUGGGGGGGGGCGGGGGUGUAGGGGGAGAUGGGUCUAGGAGCGUGAUGGCGAACCUAUGGCACGAGUGCCAUAGGUGGCACGUGGAGCCAUAUUGCUGAGCACACGAGUGUUGCCCUAGUUCAGCUCCAGCGCGCAUGCCAACUGAUUUUCAGGCCUUCCGGUCCCUCCGGAAGUUGGGAAACUGGCUGUUUUCAGACUCCGGAAGGCCUCUGGGGGAAUGGGGAAGGCUGUUUUUGCCCUCCCCAGGCUCCUAGAAACCUCUGGAGCCUAGGGAGGGGGGAAAAACAGGCCUACCGAGGCCACCAUGCCAUUGCGUGCCAAAAGCAGGGGGAAGUGGGGGGGGUCACGUGCACAUGCGCGAGAGGGCGGGGCGCAUUAAAUUAUGGAUGUGGGCACCCGCACCCGUGACCCCCCACACUCCCCCCCCCACUUUUGGCACGGGAGGGCAAAAAGGUUAGCCAUCACUGGUCUAGGAAGUAUACCAAGAAGGAUGCCUUUGCUCAUUGAAUCUUCAGGUUGGAAGGCGUCGCUCUCUGGAUUCAGUGGUGGGGUGGGGAUUCCAACUACAGCUUCCUAAGUUUAUGGAAAUUACACAUUCCACAGGGAACCCCUUGAAACUUGGCCCUCUAGCAUGGAUUCCCAGAAAACCCUCUUAGAAUCAGAGCAGAAUCCACCCAGUUGUCUAUGUAGUUUCUCCAUCAUCCAGGUCGUGGUUGUCCCAACGGUGCUUUUUCCAAACAGAACAAAACAAAACAGUUGUGAAGAAGCUUCUUGGAUGAGAAGCGAAAUGCUUUCCAAGGGGAACCCACCCACCCCCCGCCCCCCAAGAAAGUCCAGUUGCCUUUUGGAAAAAGAUCCUUUGGGACAAUCCGCUCGGUUUUACAGAUUUGUUCCCAACACGCCAGAAGGAUGCUUCUGAGAAGGUUGCAGGGAGAACAGGGAAGUGUAAUCCUUCCUGCAGUGUUGGGUGAGAGCAGGGUUUUUCAAAUAGGGUUCUGCGAAAGCUUGAAUGGGUACAUUGGAAUCAAAGGAGGGAGGAAAAAAAACAGAUCUGUCUACAAAUGAUUUGGAGGAGAAAAAAAACCCUCCCUGCAAGCAACUGAGCCUUUUCUUUUUGUAAGGAGAAUGUGAAGAGGGUUCCUCCCCACCCCACCUUCAGUCACUAAACCAAAGUGGAGUGUUUCUCGGCUUCAGCAUCUUUGAGUUGUGUGAACUUCAACUCCCAGAAUUCCCCUACUUGGGGGAGGGGGGGAUAAAGAAAGCAAGUACCUUUGGGACAAAUCGCCUGCCAGGGAAUUCUGGGAAUUGAAGUCCUCACAGCUGAAAGUUGUUGAGAUGGAGAAACACUGGUUAGAGCAGGGGGUCUCCAACCUUGGCAACUUUUAAGACUUGUGGACUUCAACUCCCAGAAUUCCCCUGCCGGGAGGAGGGAGACAACAAGUACCUUUGUGACAAUUCGCCUGCCAGGGAAUUCUGGGAAUUGAAGUCCUCACAGUUGAAAGUUGUUGAGAUGGGGAAACAUUGGUUAGAGCAGGGGUCUCCAACCUUGGCAACUUUAAGACUUGUGGACUUCAACUCCCAGAGUUCCUCAGCCAGCUUUGCUGGUUGAAGUUGAAGUUGAAGUUGAAGUUGAAGUUGAAGGGAGUUGAAAUCAGUGGUGGGAUUCAGCCAGUUCGCACCUAUUCGGGAGAACUGGUUGUUAACUUUCUAAGCAGUUUAGAGAACCAGUUGUUGGAAGAUACCUUCUUUUGUUUUUUCCCACUUUACAGGGCUAAUCCUGUAAGGAAGGCAGGAAGGAAACAUUCUGGUGUUUCUAGCCUAAUCUUUAUUGCCCUGCUUAUAGAAACUGCCUCUCUGGUUUAACCCUUAUUACAUUGUAACAGCUAAGGCGAAGCGCCCAUCGACGUGAGUGACAUUGAGUUGACCAUGCCCACACGGUCACAUGACCACCGAGCCACGCCUACCCAGCUGGUCAUUAGGGCAAAGAACCGGUUGUUAAAUUAUUUGAAUCCCACCACUGGUUGAAGUCCACAAGUCUUAAAGUUGCCAAGGUUGGAGACCCCUGGGUUAGAGAAAGAAUAGGGCUUGUCAGCUGACGUGGGCGCUGCAUGAAUUUUCCUAUAUUUUAUUUUAUUUUAUUUUAUUUUAUUUUAUUUUAUUUUAUUUUAUUUUAUUUUAUUUUAUAAUUUUAAACUGAAUCAAUUCCACAGCUUGGGGGAAAAAAAGUUUGAAAAACUCUUGGGACAAAGUCUAGCUAAGAUUGGGAUCGUACCACAAGAGCAUUUAUCCCCGGUACGUACCUGGGUGUAAUCAAAGAAAGACGGACUCUAUUUUUCCUACCAAUCCAGCAUCCAAAGAAGAAAACAAAAGGUCAGGCAUAGACUGUUUUCUCCGUCUUGCUUCUUUCGAAUCUGGAGGAAAGUCGUUCGGGUUGCGUCGAAAAAGGAAAGAGAGAUUGUACACCUGCCGAAGCACAAUCCCAUCCAAUCACUGUGGAAAAGCCUUUGCUUUUGCUAGCGUUGCAUCUCCUCAAGCUUCGUCUCCCUUUUUCACAAAACGGAGGUGGCCCCCUCGAUUAGUUGCUAAGAACCCCGAGCAAAUGCAGGUCAUCCUAUUCAAAGCACACACACCGGAAAAAAAACCCAAACAAACCCUGUAUCCCAAGGAAGUUUUUGGGAAUCUGGCAGGAGGCGAGAGAAGCGAGAAACAAAUUCGAACUCGCUUCCGACACGGUGUCAUUCAAUCCUUUCCCAAGCUCGUGAUCGAAAUCCAAAUUAGCUUGGCUGAGAAAUUCCAAACUCGCUCCCAUCUUAAUUGAGCUUGGUGGAGAUUAGUGCCUUGGAUUAGUGCGUGUGUGUGUGUGUAUGUUUGUGUCACUUGGGUUGGGGAGGGAGCGGGGAGAGGGCUGCUGUUGAUGUCUUUACUAUUAAAAGCACUUUCCGCUUGA